GUAGCAAAUUUGAUUUAGUUUCAUUUUCGAAAUUAUAAUUAUUUACCCAAAAAAUAAAAAACCAAACGAAAAUGCGGUAAAAUUUGUACUUUUUGCGGCGAAAUUUGUACGUUAAUAAACAGAACAAAAUCCAAAAUCCCAAAAAAAUAAUAAAAAAAAAAAGCUCUCUCGGAGUCUCUCCUCCUCCCUCCAUCUCGAUUUUCAAUCCGAAACCAGAAAGCUCUUUCCGAUUCCCGUAAAGAUCUUUCUGGGUUCAUCAAUGGCAUCAGUCCACCACCUCCUCCUCCUCCUCAUCACCCUCCUCGCAAUUCCCGCCUCCUUAUCAUCCCAAUCCGUCAUCCAAAUGCCGAGGAAACGACACCGCUUUGCCGCCUCCGACGACAGCCUCUACUGCGACAGCUGGAGAUUCUCUAUCGAGACCAACGACGCCGGAACCUGGUCCAACAUUCCGUCCAGGUGCGUCCGAUUCGUCCAGGACUACAUGACUGGCGACCGGUACCCGUCCGACUUGGCGUCCGUCGCGGAUUACUCGCUGAGCUUCGCGAAGGGGGUGACAAUGGGCGGCGAUGGGAAGGACGCGUGGGUGUUCGACAUCGACGAGACUUUGCUUUCCAAUUUGGCCUACUAUCAGGCCCAUGGAUUCGGAUCGGAGACGUUCAAUGAAGCAUUUUUCGAUGAGUGGGUGGAUUUGGCUGAGGCACCUGCUCUCCCAGCAAGUUUAAAUCUAUACAAAGAGCUUGAGCAGUUGGGUUUCAAGAUGUUUCUGUUAACUGGGCGGAGCGAACAUCAGAGAAACGCCACCGCGAGAAACCUUCUAUAUGCAGGUUACAACAAUUGGGAGAGGCUGCUACUGAGAGGACCUUCUGAUCAAGGAACACCGGCCACGGUCUACAAAUCGCAGAAGAGAUCGGACUUGAUAAAUGAAGGUUAUCGAAUUCACGGGAGCUCGGGAGAUCAAUGGAGUGAUCUGAUAGGUUUUGCUAUUGCUCAACGAUCGUUUAAACUUCCAAACCCAAUGUAUUACAUUGCCUAGCAAAUACCAGCAUUCAGAUUACAUUGUUGUAUUGGUUGCCAUCGUUCGUUUGCUAAUCCGGCAUGAUUUAGAAGCUUUGUAUUCAUCUUUUCAAGUGGUAUGAAAGUCAGCAUGAUUUAGAGUUGCA